AUGACCGACGGGACAAGGGCACCGGGUGACACCGCUCGCGUUGUUUGUGCUGAACCUCCGACACGCCGGGGGGGAGUUCUCACUGGCGUUGCCCGCAUGCCUACUGUCUGUCGCGCCUCAGGGAGGGCCGACUCGGACCCGUCGACGCCCUUCCAUGUACCUACGGACCUCAAACUACCACCGUUUGACACCUUCCGACACCGUCCUGCGGUUAGCUGCCGCGGGUGUGUGGCGGACCGCGCCGACUUACGCUGGCUCGUACACCAUGGACUUCGCCGACUGCUGCGCUUCUGUCCCCCUCGUCCGGCUACCUCAUCCGAUUGCGUUGUAGACUCGCUGGGACAGCCGUCCCGUGGUCCGGUCCUUACUCAUUUUCGGCGGCGUACACCCCCGACCCCGCGUUCCGGAGGAGCGGCUCGCCGCCCGUUUGCGAGCCGGUGGUCUACAACCACAUCACCACGCUCUCAGGGGUGGCAGAGCUAG